UAUUAUUUAUUUUUUUUUGUGUGUUUGUUGAUUGUGCGCGCUGUGUAAUGAAAGCAAAUUUAGUGCUGCUGCUCGUAGCUGUGGCUGUGGCUAGUGCGCAGGAGUCGGCGCACUGCAUUUGGUAUGGCGAGAGUCAUAUGAUUGGACCGCAUUGGCAGAAUGUAGCCUAUGCAGGAUCAGCGAAGGAGCUGAAGGAUGCAGAGGGCGAGGCAAUCUUUGCGCGUCGCUGUCCAACGCUUUACAAGGAGUACAAAGGCGAGGACGGCGACCAGCCGCUGCUGCUUUGCUGCGAUGGCGCACAGCUGCGCACCAUGGAUGCAGGAUUGAGUCAGGCAGAUGGCGUCUACUCCAGAUGUCCCACUUGUACGCUGAACAUGGCGCUGAGCGUUUGUGCCAUGACCUGCGCUCAAAAUCAUUCGCUUUUUCUCACUGCCUACAAUGCGGCGAGUCCUGUGGCGAGCGUGGACUAUGUGGAGCACAUUGACUUUCGCAUGGCGGACGAGUUUGGCCAGAAGGUGUUCAAUAGCUGCGCCUCCAUACAGCAUCCGCAGACGGGACGACCUGCCAUGGAUUUGGGCUGCGGCGGCUUCAAUGGCAAAACCUGCAACUAUCGACGUUGGUACAACUUUAUGGGCGAUGCACCCAACAAUGAUUAUGUGCCCUUUUUGAUAAACUAUACCUGGCUGGCGGACAAUGCUGAGGCUGAGCCUGCUGAGCAGUACCUGAAUUUGAAUCCACUCAACUGCGGGCAGAGCUAUGAGGGCAAAUAUGCCUGCGCCUGCAUCGAUUGCGAUGAGUCUUGUCCGCUCAGCGAGGCGCCCGUUGGCUAUCAAGAUCCUUGGCAAAUCGCCGGACUCUAUGGCAUUACCUUUAUCAUAGCCAUUGUCAUUGCGCUGCUUAUGGCUGGCCUCAUCACUUGGAGCGCCUGUGGCAAGACUCAAUACUUCAAUCUUUGCAUGCCCACGCUCUAUGGCGAUUUUCUUUAUCGCGGCUGCCGCGCCUGGGGCACGUUCUGUGCCAAGCAUCCGAUGUUGGUACUCGCUUUGUGCUCUUGGCUCAUUGCUGGACUGGGUUAUGGCGUGCGCUAUAUGACUGUCACCACCGAUCCUGUCGAGCUUUGGGCCAGCGAGCGCAGUCAGACGCGCAUUGAGAAGACUUACUUUGAUCAGAAUUUCGGUCCGUUCUAUCGCACUAAUCAGAUUUUUGUUAAGCCAACGAAUAAGAGCACGUUCACACACAACGCUGCCAGCGGCGUCUUGACCUUUGGCCCUGCCUACGAGCAAAGCUUUCUGCAGGAAGUGUUUGAGCUGCAGGAGCAAAUCAUGCAAUUGGGUCUGGCGGAGGGCGAGGGUCUGGACAAAAUCUGCUAUGCGCCAGUGCUAUAUCCAGGCGUUACACCCACUGUGGACGACUGCCUCAUACAGUCGAUCUAUGGCUAUUUCCAGAACGAUAUGUCCAUAUUCCAGAAAUCCUAUGUGGACAGCAACAACUUUACGAUCAACUAUCUGAAUCAGCUGGAGGAUUGUCUACGCGUGCCCAUGCUGGAGGAUUGCUUCAGCACCUAUGGCGGACCCAUUGAGCCGGGCAUUGCUGUUGGCGGCAUGCCCAAGGUGGCAGCUGGCGAGGAUCCCGAGUACAUGCUGGCCACCGGUCUAGUGUUGACUUUUCUGGGCAAAAAUCAGAACGAUGCGGCGCUGCUGGAGCCGAGCUUCGCCUGGGAGAAACGCUAUAUUGAUUUUCUCAAGAAUUACAGCAGCGAGCAUCUGGACAUUGCGUACAGCGCUGAGCGCUCCAUACAGGACGCCAUUGUGGAGCUGUCCGAGGGCGAAAUGAGCACUGUCAUCAUCAGCUAUGUGGUCAUGUUUGUCUAUGUGGCCAUUGCGCUUGGACGAAUACGCAGCUGUCUGGGAUUUCUGCGCGAAUCGCGCAUUAUGCUGGCAGUGAGUGGCAUUGUCAUUGUGCUGGCCUCGGUGAUCUGCAGUCUUGGCUUUUGGGGCUACUUGGGCGUAACCACUACCAUGCUGGCCAUUGAGGUUAUUCCGUUUCUGGUGCUGGCCGUGGGUGUGGAUAACAUUUUCAUAAUGGUGCAUACCUAUCAUCGACUGGAUCAUACGCGUUUCGAGCAUACGCAUGAUGCAAUUGGCGAGGCCAUUGGCCAGGUGGGACCCUCCAUACUGCAAACGGCAAGCAGCGAGUUUGCCUGCUUUGCCAUUGGCACCAUCUCGGACAUGCCGGCGGUGCGCACCUUUGCCAUGUACGCAGCUGCUGCGAUCUUCUUGGACUUUCUGCUGCAAAUCACUGCGUUCGUUGCACUCAUGGCCAUCGAUGAGCGUCGCUAUCAGCAUGGACGCCUGGACAUGCUUUGCUGUGUGCGCAGCAAGCAGAAGCCCGAAGUACAGAACGGCACGCAGCUGGGACUGCUGGAGCAGCUGUUCACCAAGUUCUAUGCGCCCUUUCUGCUCUCCAAACCUGUUAAGCUUGUCGUGCUCAUUGUCUUCACUGUUGUCACCUGUUUGUCGUUAAUGUUUGCGCCCUCGAUUGAGCCCGGGCUGGAUCAGGAAAUGUCCAUGCCCAAGGACUCGCAUGUCGUCAAGUAUUUCCGCUACAUGGACGAGCUUUUGUCCAUGGGCGCGCCAGUCUAUUGGGUGCUCAAGCCUGGCCUCGACUACAAUCGACGCGAGCAUCAGAAUCUCAUCUGCGGCGGCGUUGAAUGCAACAACAAUUCGCUGUCUGUGCAACUUUAUACGCAGUCGCGUUAUCCACAGUUCACCUCGCUGGCCAGGCCAGCCUCCUCCUGGAUAGACGACUACAUCGACUGGCUGAGCAUACACGACUGCUGCAAAUAUAAUGUCAGCUCGCUGAGCUUCUGUCCAAGCAAUUCCAAAAGCGAUGAUUGCCUGCCUUGUGUACGCGAAUUUUCUGAGGAUGGCCUGCGACCCAGUCCCGAGACUUUUGAUAAAUAUGUGCCCUUCUAUCUAUCCGAUCUGCCAGAUGCGGAGUGCGCCAAAGCAGGUCGACCCUCCUAUGCGGAUGCUGUCGUCUAUACUUUGGAUGAUGUCGGCUUAUCCAGCAUAUCGGUGACCUACUUUAUGCAAUACUCCACAACAUCGACUACCUCGGAUAAAUUUGUGGCCGCGCUGCGUGAGGCGCGACGCGUGGAGCAGGAAAUCAAUGCAAUGUUCGCGGCACAGCAAGUCGAGGCGAGCGUCUUUCCCUACUGCGUGUUUUUCAUCUUUUACGAACAGUACUUGACCAUUUGGGAUGAUGCACUGCUCUCGCUCGGACUGUCGCUGGCGGCGAUAUUUGUUGUGACGCUGCUGCUAACGGGUCUGGACAUAACGUCGGCAUUAAUUGUGCUCUUCAUGGUCGUUUGCAUACUGAUCAAUAUGCUGGGCAUGAUGUGCGCCUGGGGCAUAACACUGAACGCCAUCUCGCUGGUGAAUCUAGUUGUAUGCGUUGGCAUCGGCGUCGAGUUUGUCUCGCACAUAGUGCGCUCCUUCAAGCUGGCCGAGGGCAGUGCGCAGCAGCGCGCCCUCAAAUCGCUCAGCGUCACAGGCAGCAGCGUCCUCUCCGGCAUAACGCUCACCAAAUUCGCUGGCAUCGUUGUGCUCGCCUUCUCCAAGUCGCAAGUGUUUCAGGUCUUCUACUUCCGCAUGUAUCUGGGCAUUGUGCUCAUUGGUGGCGCCCAUGGGCUGAUACUGCUGCCGGUGCUGCUCAGUCAGCUGGGCUCGCUACGUGGAGUGGAGCGCAAAUCCAGCAGCGAGUCGCUCAGCACUACCAACUAAGCAUAGUCUGUAGCUAACUGUAUGUGUGUGCGUGUGCGUGUGCGUGUGUGUGUGCGUGUCUGUGUCUUUAGCUAUACAAUUAUUAAUACU